AUGGCCAUGGAUAAGAUUCCCGGCCAAAAUAUCUACAUAGGAGGCGUUUUCGCGCUGAAGAACAAAGCGGCCCUGAGUCGCGCAAAUAUCACCCAUAUCCUUUCAGUGGUUCGACUACAACAGGUGGAUGACAUUUUCUCAUCUUACCAGCAUCACCAAAUCGAUGUAGAUGAUAUGGACGAUGAGAAUCUCUUAGAGCAUUUCCCGUCUGCCAUCAAGUUCAUUCAGUCCGGCCUGGAUGCUGGCGGAAGCGUGCUUGUUCAUUGUGCCAUGGGGAAGUCCCGCUCGGCCGCUGUCUGCGUUGCCUAUUUGCUCCACCAACAGCCCAGUGCACUAACACCACAAUCCGCGCUUGAGGUGAUUCGUCAGAGUCGAGCAUUCUGUGAGCCAAAUGACGGAUUCAUGGAGCAAUUGUCUAUCUACCAUGAGAUGGGCUGCCCGGAUGACGUUAUGAAUCAUCCUCUCUACAGUCGGUGGCUCUACCGUCGCGAAGUUGAAGACAGCGUAGCAUGCGGACGGGCGCCGGAGAUGACGUCCGUGCUUUUCGAAGAUGAGCAGCAGAGAUCGCAGGAGACCACGGAUCGAACAAGAGAAAUUAAGUGUCGCAAAUGCCGGCGGACGCUGGCAACCACGCCAUUCGUCAUCCCGCAUGGACAGCAAAAGGGCGCGAAUGCAUCGAAUGAUUGUGCCCACAUCUUCCUGCAUCCGCUGACAUGGAUGCGUCCAUGCCUUUUUCCCAACAGUACCCCUGACGCUUCACCUUCCGAAGAGGCGCCGCUUUCCGGGCGCUUGACAUGCCCGAACACAACCUGCGGGUUCAACAUUGGCAAGUUUGCGUGGCAGGGCAUGAAAUGUAGCUGCAACGAAUGGGUGGUACCCGCCAUCGGGCUUGCUAAGGCCAGGGUUGAUAUUUUUGAUCGAGUUAGCGCGGGACAUGGACCCGGGAGGUUGCCGCCGGCAGCGUUGGGCAUCCGGUUGCCACCCGGUAUGAGACCCAAUAGCGUUGACAAGCAGAAUGGGGGGCGAGGGAGUCUGUGA